AACUGUUGAAUUCACCAUGUCCAAUGACGCAGCUGGUGCAAAAUUGUGUUCUGUAGAUUUUGAGAUUUUUGGCCAUGUCCAAGGGGUCUGUUUCAGAAUGUACACAGAAAAGGAGGGUCUGAGACUGGGUCUGUGUGGCUGGGUAAAGAACACCAACAAGGGCACUGUGGUCGGCCAGGUUCAGGGGCCUGCAGACAUGAUCUGUGAGAUGAAGGUGUGGCUGUGUAAGGAGGGGAGUCCCAGCUGUUCCAUCACCCGAGCCUCGUUCUCCAAUGAGAGAUCCAUUGACAGGGUGGAGCUCUUUGGCUUCAAGACACGCUUCUGAGGAACUCCCUUCAUCCAACGCCACUCUAACCACACCCUCUCCAGUGCUUUUACCACAUCAAUGUCAAUGUUAGAUUCAGGCUGGCAAAGCUGCAUAUAUUGUCAGGCAGCUUUGUGCUUUGCAGAUUCUCAAUGCUUUUCUUCUGAACAUGUAAUGCAAUAAAUAAAAUCAUUCA